AUGGCGCUGACCCGGCUGUUCAUCUCCCUCUUCCCGGUCGCCGUCCUGGCCGGACUCGCCUCCGCCUCCGCGUCGCCCUUCCUCCCUGACAGCGCAUUUCAGGGCAGCACCGGAUCUACGGGGAGGAGCUUGCUGCAGGCCAAGAAUGACUGCCCUAUAGGCUUCGAGACCCAGAACUACACCAUCCUCACAAACAAGUGCAAAGCGCCACAUUACCCUCCUACUGAAUGUUGUGAUGCUUUCAAGGAAUUUGCAUGCCCAUUUGCCGCGUAUAUCAACAACCUGAGCACUAACUGUGCAGACACGAUGUUCACCUACAUCGACUUCCGUGGCUACCCAAAAGGCAUGUUCGCCGACGAGUGCCUAAAAGGAAAGGAAGGGGUUUCUUGUGAAGGCAUCCCAGCGGUAGACACCGGCGUGCCCAGUGGCGGGCGACAAGUUCAAGGGAUUUCACGUCCUUUGGUUGUGCUCUUGUGUGGACUAGGAGCAUUGUUGUUCCCUUGA